AUGAAUAAUUCAGACGUUGAAGAAUUCGAUAAAGAAAUGCCAACUGAAUCAGAAUUCUCAAGUUUUAUUCAUUCAAAUAGACCAUUAGUAAUCAGAUCUUAUUAUCAAAAACAAUCGCAGUCUAAUCAUCAUCAUAUCUCAACCAUUGGUUCUACUUGGUCAGAAAAACUUUUGAUCGAUCGAUUAGGAAAUGAGAAAUUAUUAACAGUAGCAAGGACACCUAGUGGAAAUUCGGAUUCGAUAGUCAAUGAAGAAUACUUUGUGGAACCGAACUAUGAAAAGAUGACGUUAGAAUGUUUAAUAAAUGAACUUCGACCAAUAAGCCCAACCGAAACAGAACAGAGAGAUGUAAUUUAUCUUCAAUCUCAAGAUAAUAACUUACAUAAAGAAUUCAACGCCUUAAUUCCAGAUAUAGGUCUAGAGGUUCCGAUAGCCAGUGCAGCUAUAGGUGGCGGGGUCAAACCUGAUGCGGUUAAUAUUUGGAUUGGAGAUGAUAGAUCAAUUACAUCCCUGCACAAAGUACUUGAAGGUUCGAAAACUUUCACAAUCUUCCCGCCCACUGAGUUCUAUUGCAUGCAUGAAACAAGAUACAAAUCAGGAAGAUAUAUCAAAGAUUCUGAAACAAAUCAAUGGACAAUAAAACCAAAUGAAGAUCAAACUUUAAUACCAUGGAUACCAAUAGAUCCACUGAAUCCAAAUAUUGAAAAAUUUCCUAGAUUUCAAUUUGCUAGAGCUAUGACUAUUACUUUAAUGGAAGGUGAUCUUUUGUAUCUUCCUUCACUUUGGUUUCAUCAUGUUCAACAACAUAGAACUACUCCAACAGGUUUAGUUGUGGCUUGCAAUUGGUGGUAG